ACCCUCCAAAAAUCUACUUCUUCUUAUUCUACAGGCCUUGACAGCCCUAUUAAAUACUUGGGUUUCUCCUUCUUUUGUUUUUGCACACAACCUGUUUGAUAAUUUGCCCAAGAGAGGGAUUGAGAGCUCUGUGGGUGGUGGUGAAGGAUUUGAUGGUCCUUUGUUGAAGAAGACGACAUCGUUUUGAAGUGAGAAAGAAAGGACCCCAAAUUCUUCAUCACUUUCAUCAUCAUCAUCAUCCUCAAAUCCCAUCUCUUUUUAUCUCUUCUUCUCCUUUGCCACUAAUCCUAGAUCUCCCUGUCCCUGUCUCUUGUGUCAUUUCCAAAUUCCUUGCAAUUCUAAGGUGUUGGGUGCACCUAAUUGUGGCUUCUUAUAUAUCCCAACAACCCCGAUCUGUUUUUCCACCUUAUUCUUUUGGUUUAAAUCUUCUUUUAAGAAACAAAAUCAGAGAUUUUGAAGAUAUGGGUCACUGCAUCUAGACUCUUUAGAUUCAUUAUCCUUAUUUUUUUUCCUCUCUUGGGAUUCCAGGUGUCAGAAAACCACAAUAGAUUUGAGACUGCCCCACCCAAUCGACGAGCUUCAAUCGUGGGUUCAUCCAAUAGAACCUAUUUAACUCAUCUCCCCUGAUUUUUAUUGAAUGACAGCUGGGUUUGGGCGUUUGUACGUUUUUUAAUGCUUUAAAGGAAGGAAGAUUGAGAAGUUGAGGAAGCUGUACUAACUCUCUUUUGGUUCUUUGAUUGAUUAAGCCAAAUUUCCCCACCAAAGUUUGUCUUGUGAGGUGGCUUAAGGCACCUCUAGUUUGCUCUGUUAGAAACUUUGAUGAGGAGGCCCACCGUUGGGGUUGGUGGGCUUCUUUCAACCAAUUAAAACCCACAUUUGAAAGGUGCCUCAGGUUUCCAUUCUAAACUCACUUUUUUCUCUUUCUUAAUGAUAUAGGAGGAGAUAGAAAGAAGUAAAAGGGAUUUCCUUGCAGUAUUAUUCCUCUUAUUAACCAUUUGUAUUUCCUCAAUUGGUUCAUUCAUUGAUCUUUUCUCAUAUCUUUUAUUUCCUAAAUCCAUUUUUUAUCCAUAAGAUAAUACCUCUUUUGUGAUGCUUCUUUGUUUCUUCCUCACAUGUAUUUCCUUCAUUCUCUUUUUAAAGUCCCUCUCUCUCAAACCUCUCCCACUAUGGGCAGAUGAGAUGAGGUUCUUGUCCCACUGGUUCUGGAAAGAAUUAUCUUUCUUUCCAAUCUACAAGGUGAUCAAGAAUAGUCUUUGUACUUAUACUUUUAGUAUUUCAUCGAAGAUGUCCUUCAAGAAGAAAUAUCUUUCAAAAGUAGAGAAUGUUGAGGAAAGUGGCGAGAUGUCGGUGUUGGACUUGCCAGAAUUGGCCUUAGAAUGCAUUCUAGAGAGACUUCCACCUGAUGCUCUAUGUAGUAUGGCAGGUGUUUGUAGUUCAUUGAGAGAGAGAUGCAUAAGUGACCAUCUUUGGGAGAAGCACAUGAAGAGAAAAUGGGGUAAAGUUAUUGGUCAAGCUGCUUACAGAGAGUGGCAAUGGCAUCUUGCUUCUAGAGCGGGUGUGUGUAACCUUAAGCAAAACAAGCAGAAGAGCCUAAUUAGACUUUUUUCUUUUGGUUGGUCUCUUUCAUGGAUUAGAUCAAAGGUUAAUGACAAUAACACGCCACGGAAUUCCCUACCGGUCCAUUCGAUCAUGGCUUGGUAUCUUGCUCUUGAGACUGGCAGAUUCUGGUUCCCGGCUCAGGUCUAUAACCGUGAGAAUGGCCAUGUUGGUUUCAUGUUGUCUUGUUAUGAUGCGGAGCUUUGCUAUGAUCCCCGCACGGACACCUUCCAAGCGAGGUAUCCUCCACAUGGUAGGCGAGCAAUUGCAAUUGAGAAUGGUGUGCAAUGGGAGAGGCUUAGAGCACCGCCCAUCGAUACUCCUCCACACGAUCUUCAUGUCUCUGACUGUUUGAACGAAUUAUGCCCUGGUGACCACAUUGAGAUACAGUGGAGAAAAAACAAAGAUUUCCCUUAUGGUUGGUGGUAUGGAGUUGUUGGUCACUUGGAAACAUGUGAUGGAGAUGCUAAUCACUGCAGAUGUCAGUAUAGUGUGGAAUACUUGUGUCCAACCACUGAUCAAUUGAAUUGUCUUAGUGGAACAUUUAUGGUCAACUACUCUGAGGUAACUGAAUGUUUCCCCAAGCCUUCUGUUAUUGGUUGAGUCGGUGUUGGUCUUAACAAUUGGGAAAUUAAUGAAUUAUGAAAGUUACUUUUACGGUUAACAAUUUUCAACUGGAUAUGUAUAGCACUAGACAUUGAUUUUAUUAUUUUUUUAGUUCAAACAUGUGGGUUGAGAUUCAAACUCAUAACCUUCUAGUUAAAAAAACAAAUGUUUUAACCAAUUGAGUUAUGCUUCAAUUGACAUGUUAAUAAAUUCAAGUUUCAAAAACUUUGUGAAGAUGAACUUUAUGGAUACUUUUCCAAAAUAAACACUACUUGUCUAUCUCUAAUCAAUUUGAUGGGACAACUACUACCCUCACAAUAUUUUGCAUUAAACAACUAGUAGGAUAUUUGAUAUUAUAUAAGGCUGCCUUGGAGUUUGAAUCUAUGACUUCAAAAGCAUUUAGGUCCCAUCAGUUCAAGAUUUUUCAAAACAUCAUUUCUGUUAUGAAUAUUGGCCAACUGAUGAAAUAGUACAUUCAAUUUUCUUCCCAAAAUGAUAAAAAAGUAUGUGGAGAUGCCUCAUCUAUAAUAUCCAGUUAUGAAUGCCUCUUAAGACGACAGGUCAUUCUAAUUAGUGACUUCUUCCAUCAUCAAACUUUUCCUGCAGUGUUCAAUUUGGUUUUGUCAUUAUCAUGUAGAAGAUUAAAAGUGAUUAUUGUUUAUAUGUA